AUGGUUCAAAACCUUAUGGUGACCACAGCCUCCAACUCAGCCUUUGUGGCCGAGAUGACACACCGGUACUGUGCUCUACUCGAGGAGCAGGACUCCGGCAAGUUACAAAAUCAGAUCUCCAAGUUGGAGAAAAAAUUGGCAGUGUCCGAGUCUGAGAAGGCCGAGCUUCAAAGACAGCUUAAAGAGGCCGAGACGAAAGAUGAGGAGGCCGUGGCUACAAUCAACAGCCUCAGAUCGGCCCUCGAGGAAGAGCAGAAGAGGGGGGACGAGGUGAAGAAGUCUCACGAACAAGAUCUCGAGAGUGCUGGGGCCUCGGCCGUGGACGCAUUUCGGAACUCCGAGGGCUUCACCCGGGAUCUCGGCCAACUGCUUGCGCCGAGCUUCAUGUUCGGCUUCACGUCAGCCGUGGAGGAGGCCGCAGCUCACCUCUCCUCUGAAGCCUUGGAGUCUCUGAAAGACAAUGCCAACUACAAUGAGGACUCCAAGGAGUUAUGCGAUCGGAUGGCCGAGGGCCUCCAAUCCGGAAGGAACUUGUCCGAAGUCCGGGACGAGUUCAACAAGUGGCUGUCCGAGCUCGACGAAGUGUUCGAGGAGGGCCAAGGAGAAGAAGCUGGAGGAGAAGAAGCCGGGGGAAACAUCGGUGAAGAGCAGGGAGGAGGAGAGCUUCACCCCGGCGGGGAGGAGACAGGAGAGAAGGCUACCCAGGAGGGAGCCGAGACGGGGGAGGGAGCCGAGACGAGAGUCUAG